GGCCUACUCGUUUUUAAAAAUUAAAAAUUAAAAAAAAAAAUAAAUCAACGGCUAUAUCUCCUCCUUUGCCUUUGUUUUAUCCAUAAUUUUGUAAGCUGAUCACUUCGUAAAACAAUGGAUUCCAAAGGGAAGAGAAAUGGACCUUUUACCCUUUAUCUAAAAGAACCGUGCAUGGUUCACAAGAAAAGUGAUCUCUGUAGGACUAGAGUGGAAUAGCUAAAGAAACCUUUUGAUUUAUUUGGGUUAAAGAAGAUUCCUUUAUUCAGCGCUUCAAUUUUCAAAACGACACCAAAUCAAGAAGAAUGAAAAGAUGGCUCAGCCUCAGCCUCAGUGCCACAACACUACAAAGGAAAAGAUAAAUAGACAGCUUCACCAUGGUUGCUCAAGUCCCAGCCCAGUACCCCACACGUCUUCCUGCUCAUCCACCGACAUGCCCCUUCGAGGUUGGUGCCCUGAAUAACUCCGGUACCCAUCUCACAUUUAAUGUAAAUUUCACAUUCAUUUCAUUCCCACCCGUCAAAUAAAUUUCACAUUAUAACGCCAUCUAAUGCUUCAUAACCUUUUAAAAAGGCUCAGAACCUUCAUGGGUUUAACUAACUCUAUUCUUAUUUAUUUCGUAGUACAGUUGAUAAUGAGUCAUAACAUCGAUGACCUCUCCUCAAAAUUGUUUGUUAGUUGUCACCCAUUUUAAAGUU